UCAUUUCUUCGUAUAUAAAUUUCGAAGUAAUUAUUUUCUAAUUACACUUGCCUUCAGUGCAACAAGCAACCAACAACAACUAAAAAAACAUUCAUCAUGAAAUCUCAGCUGGCUUUCCUAUUCGCCGUCUUAAUGACUGCUCAGUGUAUGUUUUUGCAUCCUGCUCCCGUACCGAUACUCUUUGGACACUACCCUGAACCCAACUACAGUUUCGCUUACGAUGUAAACGAUGCUCAAACCGGCGACAUUAAAAGUCAACACGAAAGUAGGCGUGGAGACAUUGUCAUUGGACAGUACUCUUUAGUACAGCCUGAUGGUAUCAAAAGAACGGUAGACUAUACCGCUAACGAUAAUAUUGGCUUCCUUGCGACUGUUAAUAAUCAAGCCGAAAACGUAAAACAGGAAUCCAAUAGGCAGUACGUACAAGAUGAAGCCACAAGAACGACCAGCAAGCCCCAAGAAAUGCAACAUAGCACAGCCAGCACCGCUUCCUACAACACCCAGGGAUGGCCCGACAGUGUUAGCGCUACACCAGUACCUGCAACUAUUAUAAGAAAUUCGGUCAUCCACCCAUCAUAUUCUAAAGGUCAUCCGUGGAACUAAUACAACACUACACUUUACGCUUAGACCGGUAACGAAUUGUUUGUAUUUGCAUGUUAUAUAAAUAAUUUAUUUUUACGUUUUUUGCAUAUGGGCACAACUAUUUAGUUACUCUGCUUGUUAGUGCUACUAAAGUCUUCUGUACUGAUACGUAAUUUGCUAUCUAAUAUAUUUAAUGUGUUUAUCCAACCGAAUAGUGCUUGUCAGCGUUGGCACGAACCAUCGCCUUAUCGGUUUUUUGUCAUCUCCCUUUGAUCGUGAUAUUACACGUUAUAUAGGUUGAAAUGUAGCGGAAUGCCCACUGAAUUUUAUUAAUAGGCCACUUUUGUCUUACGAAAGGUAAGACGAGAAAAUCAUUACGUAUAUCCAAUGCCAUGCAUUAGUUCAAGCCUCAAUAACCUUGUUAUAUUGUUAUAAUUGAGAUUUGAAUGUUCGACACUGGUUACUGUUACAGAAAAUUCAAUUAUGAUG